AUGGUGUAUAUUGCGGAGGAAUUAGAAAAAGCGGGUACAUCACUGGCAUAUAUACCCAAGCCGUUAGAGUUACCAACAACAACAUUUGAACAAAAAGCAUUGUCAAAUAAUGAGUCAUCAUCAACAAUGAAUUCUGUACAAGAAGAAGAAGAUUUUAUUAAAAAUAAUUAUGUCGCACGAACUCUAUUAAAUGAAUCUUCAUUACCACCAAUUACUUGGUCUAAUUGGUACAAAGAAGUGAAUUGGCCUCAAGCAACAUUAUUAUGUCUCGAGCCUUUUAUUGCAUUGUAUGGACUUUUUACAACAUCGUUUGUAUGGCAGACAACUGUAUUUACUUUUUUUUGGUAUUUUCUUACUGGCUUCGGUAUCACUGCUGGUUAUCAUCGAUUAUUCGCUCAUCGAGCGUAUGAAGCAACAUUAACAUUACGAUAUUUGUUAUUGACGUUUGGCGCUGGUGCUGUUCAAGGAUCAGCUCAAUGGUGGUCGCGCGGACAUCGAGCACAUCAUCGUUAUACUGAUACCGAUCUUGAUCCUUACAAUGCUCAUAAAGGCGUUUUUUAUUCUCAUAUAGGUUGGUUAAUAUUUAAACCACGUCGACGACCAGGUGUAGCCGACGUUACAGAUUUAACUCGUGAUAUAAGUAUUCAAUGGCAACAUCGAAAUUAUUUAACGUUAGCAUUUCUCAUGUCAUUUGUUAUACCAACACUUAUUUGUGGACUUGGCUGGGGUGAUUAUCGUGGGGGCUAUUUUUUUGCUGGUGUUCUUCGUCUUGUAUUCGUUCAUCAUUCAACAUUUUGUGUUAAUUCAUUAGCUCAUUAUUUAGGAAAUGCGCCAUUCGAUGAUCGACAUACACCACGUGAUCAUUUUAUUACAGCACUUGUUACUCUCGGUGAAGGUUAUCAUAAUUUUCAUCAUGAAUUUCCGUCAGAUUAUCGAAAUGCACUUAAAUGGUUUCAAUAUGAUCCAACAAAAUUGCUAAUAGCAUUUUUUAAAAGAGUCGGUCUUGCAAGUAAUCUUAAAGAAUUUCCUUCGAAUGAAAUAGAAAAAGGUCGUUAUUCAAUGGCAUGCAAAGCACUGGAUAAAUUUGGUCAAACCAUAAAAUGGCCUAAGCAAAAUUUAGAAUUGCCUAUUAUUACAUUCGAACAAUAUCAAGAUUUAUCAAAGAAAGAUGAUGGUCGUGUUUUAAUUUUAAUUGCUGGCUUUAUUCAUGAUGUUAGUCAUUUUAUUGAUUCACACCCCGGUGGUCGAGCUAUGAUUAAAAAUCUCGUUGGCAAAGAUGCUACGGUCUCAUUUUAUGGUGGUGUACAUGAUCACAAUACAGCUGCACACAAUAUACUUGCUAUGAUGCGAGUCGCUAUAUGUAAAUAUGGCGGUGAAGUUGAACAUCUUAAAAAACGAUUGGGACAUGUUCAAACACCAACUCCAAUAUUUGCUUAA